CUUUCCCACGCGCAACUGCGGGCAGUGCCAGCUGUUUUUUGCAAAUAUAGUGCACACAGCAAAUCACAACACCGAAAUCAAAAAUCAAUAACUGCAUCGGCAGCGAAUUGCAACAUGUCGGUGGCAUUGGUAUUAAUUUUUGGUGCACUAAGAUUGACUUGUCCUGCAAAUAAUAACAGUAGUAAUAAUAAUCUCAACGACAACAUAUACCAUGACUUUCCACGCUUUUGGACUCAUUCAGGUUUUUGCGCUGCAAACAACUCAUCCGAAACUGCGUUUAGGCCCACUGAAGAAAUAAAAAUAAACUUGCAUUACAUAUCAGCACUUCCGAGUGGAGCCGUAAAGACCAUACGCAUACACUGGCUAUUGGAGUUGUUGGCCUUCCAAGAAUACACUCCAUCUGGAGUGCCUGUAUAUGAUUUUACCAAUUUGGAUAUGUUUUUGGAAUUCUUAGAUGAAUUGGGCUUAUAUCCUGUAAUUGAAUUCAUGGGCAAUCCAAAUGGAGUAUUUUCUAAAAAUCCACUUCAUAAUGAAUUCUACUGGGAAAAUCUUAGUUCACAAAUUGUGCAACGUUAUGCUGGUAAAUAUGGUCCCGCCAAGAUAUUAAAAUGGCGCUUUGAAUCUUGGAAUGAGCCCGACUUAAGAAAAUAUAAUAGACUUACUUUUAACUUCGAAGAUUAUGUUACCUAUGUAUAUGCACUGCGAAGAGGUUUAACAUCAGCAGGUCAACGUUUAAACAACAGUAUACACUUACCACUUCAUGGCCCAGCUGGGUUAUUUAGAUCAACUUUGAACCAUCCACUGUGUUGGAAAAUUUUACAGCUCUGCAACGACAACAUAAAAAAUUGUCCGUUCGAUACUAUAACAUACCACAGAAAAGGUCAUGGAAAAGCUAGUGAAGUGUUGGAAGCAUCCAGUUUGUUAUUAAAAGAACUGGAAAUAAAUUUUCCACAAGUAGCCAAGCUACCAAUAGCAAAUAGUGAAGCGGAUCCUAUAGCAAUUUGGUCGACACCACAUGACUAUUUAGCCGAUGUACGUUAUGCUGCCACACUCGUAACAAUUGUAUUGUUGCAUUGGAGUGCCAAAUUACAAAAAGCAGAAUUCAAACAAUUAAGUUAUAUUAGUCACGAUAACGCCUUUAUUAGCUAUCAUCCUUACGAAUUUUCACAACGUACACUAUUAGCGCAUUUUCGUAUGAAUAAUUCUCAACCCGUGUACUCGCAAUUCAUACAAAAGCCAGUAUAUUCCGCGCUAGGCAUGCUGUCUAAGUUGGGUUCAAUAGCAACUGAUUUAGAAUUUAUUGCAGUAAAUAAUACUCCACAAAUACAAUUACUAAAAACAAAAGUUCCAGAUAGCAGACUUUACCUCAGUUGGCUUAUGUUACCAACUGAAAAUGUCACUUCACUAGGUGACUUCAUACUAAGGCGUCAAAUGGGUCUUCAAUUUUGUGAGCAAGGGAGAUAUGCAUAUUUAAUUGAAAUACUCGAGCAGAAACGUACUGAUCCGGCUGCACUUUGGAUAAAAUUUGGCAAGCCUCCAUAUCCUAAUGCCACAGUUCGAGAAACGCUGCGACACAGUCAAAAUCCUUUUAUAUAUGCCAAUGGUAUACUAUCUAACGACACGAUUGAAAUUCAUUUAGGUAAAUUAGAACUGCCUUGGAUUUUGCUAUUACGGGUCUGCUCCAAUUUAAUACCGCAAGCAAAGCGACCACGGAAUUUGAUUGCAAUUAGUAUAACAAAAAAUGAAGUAAUGCUCACAUGGAGAGAAAACAAUACUAACAACAUAUCAUGUAUAAAAACUUAUGAGGUUUGGCAUCUUAUUGACUUUAGUAAAGAAUGGAUCCAUGUGUCGAAAGGUUGGCAUUUACCUCAUCUGUCGUUUCAUUAUGCGCCCACAAAUAUUAGCGUCGAAGGAUUUUACAAAGUACGCAGUAUCGAUGCAUUUAACAACAGCAGCGAAUUCUCAGAUAUCGUCGAAUAUAUCGAGAUCUAAAUAACCAAAAAUCAAAACACACUAUAUACACAAAUAAAUUGCAUUUAAUUACAAAUAUACAUAAUCACACACACACUAAAAAGAUAUAGCGUAGAUAGUGCAACUUAUUAUAAUUAUUUUUAGUGCAUUAAGUUAAUAGCAAUUAAAUUAUACGAGUAUGACUAAGUUCAAAACAAUAUUUGCAAGCAAACUAAGCACAAAAUAAGAACAAAAAACUGUUAUUCAAAUGGCUAAUAAAUAACAUACAUAUAUUUUAAAUACAAAUGGUUACACAUAGUGAGCUAUAUGCUCAUUAAAAAUAGAAAAAUAUUCAAAUCACAAAUCCGUUGCCCUACACUUUUCCAAAGUUUUUCCAAAGUACACAAUUCAUAUAUCUCGAGCUAUGUUUUAAGCAAGCAGCCAGUUGGUAUACUUGGUAAACUGCGGAAGGCAAAAAUACAAUAGAACUUAGAAAUUAAGUAGUGUUUGCAAUAGCAAUGGUGUCAGCAUCUUUAGUUUCCAGUUUCACAAUUUGAACUGGAACUACGUCUAUGCAUCUAACAUAAGCCACUUUUCAUUAAUAUGCUCUAUUUGCUUCGUAAGUAUUGGAUUCCGUACACGUAACUUUAUUUCCAACUUGCCACCGACGGUUUUGCGCCCCUCCAUUAACUAUAGACACAAAAGAAAACAUUUAAAAUCAUUUGAAAUAUGUGGUACACAUACAGAAAAACAUCAUUACUUACAUCGAAUGUAUCGUGGAUGUCACAUUUCGUCUCCAAUGGUUGUAGCUUAACGUUAACCGUGCCGAUGAGAAUGUCUGAGCGCAGAAACCCGCUGAAACAACAGGAUGGCAGUUUUCGACUUAAUCCACAACAAUCUAUACUGCAUCUAUUUUUUUUUGUUUUUUGUUUUUUGUUUUUUGUUUUGUUUUUGUGUUUGCGUUUUUAUAUUUAAAAUUAAUUUGAUUAAAGUCGCAUUAAUGCAAAAUGCAGCAAGAUCGUUAGAAUUUAAUGAAAUUUAUGUGUUAAAUAAAUCAAUUUUUCAUAGUAAGCAAAUUAUAUAAAAUAUGAAAUAAUCGCAAAAAUUAGUAUUCAAAAUAUAAAUAUCAAUCAAAUUAACACAAUUUUCAUCAUCUAAAUGUAGUAGUAUAUUUGUCAUUAAUAAUUAAAUAUGAUAAACUUAAAUAAACCUUCAAAUUCUUGAUGUAA